UUUGAUUCUCUUUUGAUAUUAAUUUAAGUAUCUUCUUAAGUAUUAUUCUUAAGUAUUGAAGUAUGUAUAAAAUUAAUUUUUCAUUUACUUUUGAGGUUGAUGAAAGAUAUAAACAAAGCCUUUAGUCCCAUUGAACUUGGUCAUUUGUUUAUCACUAUAUUUGGUGUUUGUUUAGGAACAUUCACACUCUCAAACAACGAAGCGGAGAGUUUCCUAAGAAUACUGGCGUUAAUAUAUACAAUAGGUUUCAGCUUACAACUCAGUAUUGAUUGCGUAACAGGCAACGAAUUAUAUUAUCAGGCUAGCCUUUUACCAGAUUAUUUGUUUCAAAGCAACUGGAGAACACUGGCUGAUAAGGAACUUAUAAAAGAUGUAAUGUUUGUGAUUCAACAUACUCAGCUCAUUCCACAAUAUACUACAUAUGGACUGUAUGACCUCAACAUCAAUUCAUAUAUCAGAGUAAUUUUCUUUUUAUAGGUUUAGCUUUAUCAGAAACGUAGUCUAAAAGCAGUUCAUAAUAUUGCUCACAAGACAGGGUAGAAAAGAAACAAAAUUAACCAGUUUUUCGCAGUUUAAAAACGGCUUUUGCUGGGUAGAAUAGCUCAGGAGGUAGAGUUUCUGACUUCCACGCAAAAGGCCGGGGAUGGAAUUUCAGCGCCGGCUAGAACAUUUAAAUAUUUUUAAAUAUCUAAAUUUCUACAGGCCCCCAGACUCAGCCUGAAUAAAAUGAGUACCUUGGAUAAAACCAGGGGAAAUAAUAGACGGUUGAAGCGUUAAUAUUUCAAUCAACGGUUGAAGCGUAGCACUGGCCCUGUUAUCUUUGUUGUAUACCGUAGGUCUAAGAGAUAGCAAACUAGAGAGACUAUUUUUAAACAACUUUUAACAAAAUAUACAAAUUUAUCUAUGGAGUGAGUUACACUUAGCUGCAAGACCUUAUCUCUUGCCGUACUGCUCAUUCAUAGCUUCGUCCAAAGGUAGAGUAGUCCAGAAAGCCACUGCGCAUCCGCUAGGAAAAAUAUUCUGAUUCGGAUUUUUUGCACAAUCUUACUCAAAGGGGACUCCUUUUAACAAAUUUGCAUGUUGCCAGGACCAAAAGGUGGUCAAAAAU